AUCGUUGUAAAGGAUAAAUUGAGAAGCUUCUACUAUGUUCCAAGUUGCGAACUUCUUCCCCAAGCUUCGAGUCGAUUUCAAGUAUGACGAGCAAUACAAUACCCCCAUAUUAAAACAAACAUUAUAAUCGUUUUCAGUCGAAGUUUUUGCAAAGCCCACUUCCAUUUCUGUUUCUAGCUACAACUUUAGUGGCGAUGGCGAUUUCCAGAAGCUCAUCAGCCGCGCGGCUGAGCAGGGCGGCGGCGGCGGCACUCAAGGGUUCCCCGGCCGGCACUCGACGAAUUCCUCGAAUUUCUGCACCUACCCCUGCCACGACACGCUCGGCUUCCGCUGCUGCCGGCCCCGGGCUUUGGCCUCGGGCCGAAAAUGCCGCUAAUGCGAGUGGAUUAUAUUCCCCCCAUUUAUUUUCUACAUCGUGCCUCAGCCGCAGCCUUUGGAAUUGGAGCCCUGGUUUUACUCGCUCUUACUCUGCAGCUGCUGCUACAGGACAGCUCAGUGGCUCGGAUUUUACUGAGAUGGCAUGGGACGGAGUUGUUGGAGCUGUGGAUGCAGCUAGGGACUGCAAACAACAAAUUGUGGAAACCGAGCAUCUAAUGAAAGCUCUAUUGGAACAAAAGGAUGGGCUGGCAAGGCGAAUAUUUACCAAGGCUGGUAUCGACAACACAACACUUUUGCAGUCGACUGACAGUUUUAUCUCUCAGCAACCAAAGGUUUCAGGGGACACUAGUGGACCUAUUGUGGGCUCCAAUUUCGGUACUCUGUUGGACAAUGCAAGAAAGUUUAAAAAGGAAAUGGGUGAUAAGUUUGUUUCUGUUGAGCAUCUGGUAUUGGCUUUUCCUUCGGAUAGGAGAUUUGGGCAACAACUGUUCAAAAACCUUCAACUGAGUGAGAAGGAUUUGAAGGAGGCCGUCAAAGCUGUUCGCGGUAGUCAAAGAGUUACCGACCAAAGAUGCACGAUAAUCGACUCAAAAAUGUAUUCUACUUUUAAGGUUCAGAGGAACUCAGGGAUCGAUCCAGAAGGCAAAUAUGAGGCACUUGAUAAAUAUGGGAAUGACUUAACUGAACUUGCCAGACGUGGAAAACUUGACCCAGUUAUAGGACGUGACGAUGAAAUACGACGAUGCAUUCAAAUUUUGUCGCGCAGGACAAAGAACAACCCUGUUAUAAUUGGGGAACCUGGAGUAGGAAAAACUGCAAUUGCUGAAGGGUUAGCUCAAAGGAUUGUUCGUGGGGAUGUCCCAGAACCAUUGCUCGAUCGAAAGCUAAUCUCUCUGGACAUGGGUUCAUUGCUUGCUGGUGCAAAAUAUCGCGGAGAUUUUGAGGAAAGGUUAAAAGCUGUAUUGAAGGAGGUCACUGCAUCAAAUGGGCAGAUCAUAUUGUUUAUUGAUGAAAUUCACACCGUAGUUGGCGCAGGGGCCACUGGAGGUGCCAUGGACGCUGGAAACUUAUUAAAACCAAUGCUUGGCCGAGGAGAACUGAGAUGCAUUGGGGCCACCACACUGAACGAGUACAGAAAAUACAUAGAGAAAGACCCCGCUCUCGAACGUAGGUUUCAACAAGUAUUUUGUGGUCAGCCGUCUGUAGAAGACACAAUAUCUAUCCUGCGUGGACUUCGCGAACGUUACGAAUUGCACCAUGGUGUGAAAAUAUCAGACAAUGCUCUCGUCUCAGCUGCAAUUCUUUCAGAUAGAUACAUCACAGAGCGGUUUCUGCCAGACAAAGCCAUUGAUCUUGUCGAUGAAGCUGCUGCGAAACUUAAAAUGGAGAUCACGUCCAAGCCUACUGAACUGGACGAGAUAGACCGCGCAGUGCUUAAGUUGGAGAUGGAAAAGCUCUCUUUGAAAAACGACACAGCUGCAGCUUCCAAAGAGAGGCUGACCAAGCUGGAACACGAUUUAGGAGCUCUCAAACAAAAGCAAAAGGAAUUAAAUGAGCAGUGGGAGAACGAGAAAGUCCUCAUGAAUCGUGUCAGGUCGAUUAAAGAAGAGAUUGACCGAGUCAACCUAGAGAUGGAAGCCGCCGAACGAGAAUACAACCUCAGCCGAGCAGCCGAACUCAAGUACGGCACGCUGAUGUCACUCCAGCGCCAGCUGGAGCAAGCCGAGAAGAGCCUCUCCGACUACCAGAAAUCCGGGAAGUCACUCCUCCGCGAAGAAGUCACCGAUCUCGACAUCGCCGAAAUAGUAAGCCGAUGGACGGGAAUACCCCUCUCCAACCUCCAGCAAACCGAACGCGACAAACUUGUCCUCCUCGAAAGCGUCCUCCACAAACGAGUCGUCGGCCAAGAUGCAGCCGUCAAAUCCGUGGCCGACGCCAUCCGCCGCUCGCGGGCGGGCCUCUCCGACCCUAACCGGCCCAUCGCCAGCUUCAUGUUCAUGGGGCCCACAGGAGUCGGAAAAACCGAGCUUGCCAAAGCUCUUGCAGGCUAUCUCUUCAAUACCGAGAACGCCCUCGUCAGAAUCGACAUGAGCGAGUACAUGGAAAAGCAUGCAGUGUCUCGACUAGUGGGGGCGCCACCUGGAUAUGUUGGGUAUGAGGAAGGUGGGCAGUUGACUGAGGUUGUACGGCGCAGGCCGUACUCGGUUGUACUUUUUGACGAGAUCGAGAAAGCGCACCACGAUGUUUUUAAUAUCUUGUUGCAGCUGUUGGAUGAUGGGAGGAUUACGGAUUCUCAGGGGAGGACUGUGAGCUUCACAAACACGGUUCUGAUCAUGACGUCGAAUAUCGGGUCGCAUUAUAUUCUGGAGACGCUUAGGAAUACGCAGGAUGGGAAGGACGCGGUUUACGAGGUGAUGAAGAGGCAGGUGGUUGAGCUGGCGAGAGAGACUUUCCGGCCGGAGUUUAUGAACAGGAUCGACGAGUACAUUGUUUUCCAGCCUCUUGAUUCCGAACAGAUCAGUAAAAUUGUCGAGAUUCAGUUGAAUCGCGUAAAAGACAGGCUUAAACAGAGGAACAUCAACUUGCAUUUCACGGAGGAAGCCGUUAAACUUCUGGGAGCUUUAGGUUUCAACCCCAAUUUUGGAGCAAGGCCUGUGAAAAGGGUGAUACAACAGAUGGUCGAAAACGAGAUUGCAAUGGGGAUAUUAAGAGGGGAUAUUAAGGAAGAAGACACGAUUAUACUCGAUCAGAUACCAGGUGCCGAUAAUAGGUUGUCCAUAAGAAAAGUGGACAAUACAGCCAUGGACACAAUGGUUGUAAACGACUAGUGUUUGCCUCAUUGUGUAGUUCAACUGCACAUCUACUUUGUUGUUUUCUGUUAUGUACACAAAAAUAAUUUGUCUUUUGAGGAUUUGCUGCUUUUAUGUCCAGGUAAGUUCACAAAAAUCAUCCUUAAAUGUUUUGAUCCUUUUCCUCCCUUACCCCAAACAAACAAAUAUCAUGGAUUUUUUCAAAGUUUAUUUGCGGAUUCAUUCAAUUUUAAGGGUGGUACUUGUGUUUUUUCAAAGUUUUAUUGAAACUAUAGGAAUUUACGUAAAUUCAUUGUGAAAAAGUCUAAAUCCAUUGGACGUCUUUGGGAUAUUCAAUUCUU